UACAUGUGUUGCCACUAUCAUGUAUCCUACCAUGACUAUCCAACCCAACUACAUGUGUUGCCACUAUCAUGUAUCCUACCAUGACAAUAUCCAACCCAGCUCCAUGUGUUGCCACUAUCAUGUAUCCUACCAUGACUAUAUCCAACCCAACUCCAUGUGUUGAAUCUAUCAUGUAUCCUACUUGGCUGAAGCUUUGAUCCAGUGGGAGACGUAUUGAGGAGCAGGGAGGUUAAAGGUCACUUCGGGAUACAGCUGUUACUCUACACUAUCCCUAGAUAAUCCAGUAAUGAGAGAAACUGAAUAGAAUAUUUAGGGCCCUAUUCUUUUCUUUUUUUAACCUAAUUCCAUUUUCUCCAUUUUUCCAGGUUUCACAUUUGUCCCUGUUUUUCUGUUUUUCUCUCUAAAUCACACUGUUAAUAGAAAAACAACAACAUUGGAUGUUCUAAGUCCACAACAAUACUUAAAUCACAUCAGGAGACCACUUUUGAAGUCUGAGAAAAAUCUAAGAAAUUUUCAUUUUUGUGUGUAGAUACCCUUUAAUUCAAGUGGCACCAGCAAGAGCCUUGCUUGGUUGGUGGUGUCUCUGUAGCACACAUGUGAUUGCAGAGUCUGCUGAACAAAUCACAACUGGAUUGAUGCAAAUAAUCAUGAAAUCAUUCUGCCAGGUAGGCAUAGACUACUUUGUAGUGAACAUUUACUUGACAAGGUUUGUGGGAAAGCUUUGUCGUGUCUUUGCUAUCGUUAAAUUGAAGACUUAUAGUUUUUAUCAUAUAGUCCUGUAAUUAGGGCUUACGCUAUCACUUGAGUAAUAACGUAACUAAUUAACUAUGAAUUCGAGGGCACCAGGGAAAGUUAUUAGAUUACAAAGUUAUAAUUUCCCAAUAUAACCUUUCAAAUAUUUUCAUAUCUGAUCAAUAGUCUUCUAAUUAAUUAUUUAUUUACUCUACCUCGUCAGUCUCAUUCCAAACGUCGUAAAUCGUUGAUCUGCACGAACCCAGUCUUCACUAUGAGUCAUCCAUACAUCAAUUGUCUUAAAUCAUUUAUUUAUUACUAACUAAUUAAUUCACAGAAAUGCAUAAACAAACAAACAAACUUAAAAUAGUUACAUGAAAUGAUGGGAGCAAUAUACCCUAGUGGGCUGAACCGGCAUGGCGGCUGUUAGACAAAAGGGAAAGUUGCAUUCGACUAAUAAUUCACUACAGAGUCCAUAACUAUAACAAUUGACAUGCUAAUCCUUACACAUGAACGCUCACUCAUUCGGGAACAAUUGCAAUCAAUAUAUAUAUAGUUACGUUCAGUGUGUGUGUCGUCUUGAUCGUUGGAGAGAAGUUCGUUUUUGUUGGAGUUAUUGUGGAGAGUUCAGUGACAUUCGUUAUAGAAUGGAUGUUUCGGCGGUUGUCUUUCUUCGCGUUCAAUGAUACCGAAUUCCUAGCUGCAGACUAGAAGUCAAUAUCAAAGAAUUGUUAUGAUUCGUAUAAGAGUUUUAACCACGUGGGAUGGUUAAAAGAUUCAGCAGUCUGGUCUCAAACCUUGGCCCUCUCGUUAUCGAGGUAAGCUGGUCUGCAACCUUUGUCCUCUCGUGAUUGAGAGAAACAUGGUCAUAAUGGUAAUUUCUUAGGAGUUGGGUUUUAUUCAGAUAGCAGAGAGGGGUGGUCCCAUGGUCUCUGACCCAUACUGGGCUCAGGGCGGUCCUUGGAUUUAGUUCAAAUCAAAAAGGUAUUUGUAUUUUUCUUAAUUAAACAGUCCAAAAUCAUAUUACACAAUUAUACAAACAGUAUCAUACUCACUCAUUCAUUUUAUACAACAAACAGAUGUAAACCUCAUAUCUGAGGUUAUUAUAUAAACAGCGGUAUGGUAAUGUGGUCCCACAGUCUCUCCUGAGAUUCCCACAUGGGGACAAAUGGACAUGUUAAUAGCUAGGAUCUUCACCAAUAUUUCCUACUUUGGCAGGAACAUGAAAUAUGUUCGUACCUCAAGUUCUGUGAGGUGGAAGAGAAUUCCUUUGUCCUGAAAGUUUACCCUCUGUCUUAAUACUGUUUGUGGUGGGGAGAUUCUCAGGAAUUUACGACAUCUCUCUGUGAUCACCGCAUGGGUUGUGGUGGAAAGGGAGAGGCAGGGAGAGGGGGAUGGGGUUUGCUAUACCCACGCAGGCAACGUCAUGACAGCUUUUUAAUCAACCAGAAGAUGGUUGUCAUUAGCAUAAUCGCCCAACAGCUAAACAUAAUGGUAGACAAUUGCACUCAGACAGUGGCAUUUCCGGGCUUUUUCCUCUUCAGAAAGUUGAAGGAAAAUACAAAUCACUUAGGAUAAUUUAGACGACUUGCAGGCAGUGGGUUCAGAAUAACUAUGACAUAAAAAUGAAAACUCUUUAAUCUGUCACCUAAUCCUACCUAAUGGGCAGGUCAGCCCUGGAGUAAAGUAUUGGCUGUAAGAAGUAAGAGAAAACAUAACAUCUGUUUAUUUUAUUUUAUUACCUCUCAUGACAUUGCUUGCAAGAAUAAACAUUGUAAUUAAUAUUUUUCCAAUCUGCGUUACCCACUCCAGUCAGCAGGUGGCGAUUUGAGCCUUUCAGGUGAUGCUGCUUGCGUGACGUAUGUUCUAGUGGACGGAACUGGAGGCUUCAACAGCGACAAAAGGCUUCUGAUUCAACCAACGUGGUGAUUUGCUAGCGAACUUAAAACCGAAACAUUGAAGCGAUUUAGACCAAUCUUGUGUAUUUUACUCUUAGUGUUUUGAAUAUAAUUCUGUUUACUUAUCUACUCUUUCAUUUACACGUAAUUUGCUUGUUAAAUUAGCAAAUGUGUUAAAUUGAUAAUGCACUAGGCUAAUCGACCGGAGCAUGAGCUCACUAAGCUCGACGGAGAAAGAAGCUCUGAUGAAAGGAGAGGAAGAAGCUUUCAGGAUGAAAAAGGAGGAAGAGGAAGCUAUCACAUUGAAAGAAGAAGAGGAUGAUAUUACAGUGAAAGAGGAAGAUGGGAAAGAGGUUGUCAAAGUGGAAGAGGAGGAGGUAGAAGCUUUCAGAAUCAAAAAGGAGGAAGAUGCCAUAACAUUGAAAGAAGAGAAUGUAGUGAAAGAAGAGGAAGAACCUUUUAGAGUAAAAGAGGAAGAGGAGGCUAUCUCAAUAAAAGAGGAGGAAGACGUUUUGGGAGUGAAAAAGGAGGCUGAAGAGUCGAUUAAGACCAGAGAGAGACAUGACUUUCGUGGAUCCUCUGGGGAGCCUCAACAACAUCCUGAUGCUGACGAGGCAGAGAAGAGUCUCUCCAGAUCAGACCACCAGAUGGACAACGCUAGCCCUUCCUCCCUCCCGGAGUCCCCAUGUCAUGCCUCUCCCGGUAGCACCUUACUGCUGGGUAUGAAGAGGCUGUCUGUGCUGCUGGUGGACUGCAGGAAAACAACGGGGCUGAGUGGAACUGUGAGAGGAGGAGAAGAGAAGAAAGGAUCAGAUUUGACUCAUCAAAGAGAAAGACCAGACUCAGAGGAACCAGAGCCAGGGAGGUCCAAACCAGCAAGACAGUGUUCCCACUGUGGAAAGUGUUUUAACCAGUUUGGGGACCUGAAACGACAUGAGCGAAGACACACAGGGGAGAAGCCGUACCACUGCUCCCAGUGUGGAAAGGGUUGUUACUUCUUAUGGGAGCUUAAACAACAUGAGAGAAUACACACUGGGGAGAAGCCUUACCAUUGCUCCCAGUGUGGAAAGAGUUUUGAAAUGAAAGGACACCUGAACCAACACGAGAAAAUACACACAAGGGAGAAGCCUUUUCACUGCUCCCGGUGUGGAAAUUGCUUUUGCCAGUUAGGGAACCUAAAACGACAUGAGAGAAUACACACAGGGGAGAAGCCGUAUCACUGCUCCCAGUGUGGAAAGUGUUUUAACCAGUUAUGGGAGCUGAAACAACAUGAGAGAAUACACACUGGGGAGAAGCCUUACCAUUGCUCCCAGUGUGGAAAGAGUUUCAAAAGGAAAGGACACCUGAACCAACACGAGAAAAUACACUCAAGGGAGAAGCCUUUUCACUGCUUCCAGUGUGGAAAGUGUUUUUGCCAGUUAGGGGACCUAAAACGACAUGAGAGAAUACACACAGGGGAGAAGCCGUAUCACUGCUCCCAGUGUGGAAAGUGUUUUAACCAGGUAGGGGAACUAAAACGACAUGAGAGAAUACACACAGGGGAGAAACCUUACCAAUGCUCACAGUGUGGAAAGAGUUUUAACCAGAAAACCUACCUGAAAAUACAUGAGAGAAUACACAUUGGGGAGAAGCCUUAUCACUGCUCCCAGUGUGGCAAGUGUUUUAACCAGUUAGGGGACCUAAAACGACAUGAGAGAAUACACACAGGGGAGAAACCUUACCAAUGCUCACAGUGUGGAAAGCGUUUUAACCAGAAAGCCUACCUGAAAAAACAUGAGAGAAUACACAUUGGGUAGAAGCCUUAGCACUGCUCCCAGUGUGGAAAGUGUUUCAACCAGUUAAGGGACCUACAACGACAUGAGAGAACACACACGGGAGAAUCCUUACCACUGCUCCCAGUGUGGAAAGGUUUUGCAUGACUGAAAGAACAAAUGAGACCGUACACAGAGGAGAAGGCUUAUAAAAGCUCAGACUGCGGGAAAACAUAUUACUCAUCACAGUCACUUAAAGGUCAUUAGAGAAUACACACAGGAGAGAGAAAUUAUUUCUCUUAGCGUGUAUAUUGAUAUUUCACGUCACAUUGACUUAAAAUUCAUCAGAGAACAUACACAGUGCUCCCAUUGUCUUAUAUUGUUGACUGAUAAUGAUUACCUGUUUUUACCAUAUGAAAUUGCUUUGUACAAAGUAUACUAAAACAUAUAUUUGUAUGUUUUAUUAGAAAACACGAAUUGAAUAUGGAGUUUGUCGGUUUGAAUAUAGAGUAGGUCAGAUUCCUUCUGUUUUAAAUGGUCAAUUUUUAUGCGAUUAUUAGAAAACAUGAAUUGAAUAUUGAGUAGAUCCGAUUCCAUGUGUUUAAAUUGUCCUUUUUUAAACUCUGUGUGUGUUUAUCUGGGUGUCUUCCUCCAGCACUACAGAUAAUCAAGUGAUAUUUGGAUGUGAUGCAUUUGUUCCGUUGUUUACAUUUACAAUGUUGGCCCACUGAUGAUUUAAUGAAAUGAAAAUGUUCACAGACUGUAAUGCAAAAUGUUAAUUGUAUGUGUCCACAUAUCUGAGUAUGUGACUUGUGGUGGAUGAAUCAGAAUUAGUUGGGUAACAUAGAUAAUUAAGAUGUCUUAUCUGCAUAAUAUGCUCAUGUGAUAUACUUGUUAUUAAAAUGUAUCCAUUCGGACUCUGGUGUUGGCAGUUGCACUUCUUCCCUCAGCUGGGGCUCAGUCACCUGGGUCCCAGAGAGGGGAGAGGUCAGGCUUGUCUUUCACAUGUCCCUGGUGCUAUGCAGAAUAUCAGGAAGGGAAGAGGACAGGAGGGAACAUUGUCUUCAUAUGUGAAUGUAUCUGUUAAACUAUGCGAAGGGAUGGUGUGAUUAAUGGGGAACCAAGUGAGCUUGUCCAGGAGUGGGGUCAAGAAGGGGUUUUACUUGAGAUGGGAGUAUCUAGAGUUGACAAUUGAUAGAGUUGACAAUUGAGUUAUGCCAUUGGAUGAGUUGGUGUUUUGUGCUAUGAAGUACCAGGAACGAGAUUAGAACCUCGUCUUAGGGACCAAACUGAAUGAUAAAUUAUAGCGAAUGCUAUCUGGCUACGGGAUACUCCUUUCUCAUUAUAAAGUCUCACUUUGUAAACUGUUCCUAAUAUCUGUGGUUUAUGUCGACUAGGGGGUGGAUCUUUGCUAUAAAAGAUCUCAGUAGCCAUUGUGUUGCCACUCUCCACGGUUCAUUAGAAAUAGUGAAUUGUUGAAAGUCAUUGCAAAGAUCUUAUUAUUAAAUAUGUAGUUUAAGUAUAACUCUGAUUGGUGUGUGAAGUUUGUCUCUCCUCAUUUGGUAACACAGACAUUAACCACCACAGACUAACCUUGUGAAACUGUCCUAUUAUAAUCUCCUGUUCCUGGGAGUAUCAUCCUGUGUUGCAAACCAGCUGCACCUGCAUCCUUGUAUGAAUAAAGUCCCUCCCAGGAACAGGAAACUAUAAAGAUAUGUGCUCAUCACCCAAUGCUUCAGCAAUUCAGACUGUCUACACUGCGCUGUGUAACUGUUAUUCUCUCUGAGCUCAGAAAUAAAGAAUCUUGGUUUGA